AUAUAGGAUAUUUGACGAGGACGUUAUGGGAGCUGAGGUUAGCACUAAUGAAUCGUCUCCGUACCAUAAUGGACCAACCUCUCCUGCAGCCAGUGGAGGCAGCAGACGUUUUCACCCUGGGGAUGUUCCCGAAAGCCCAGCAUCAUCUUCAGGAGCUUCUGCCCAACAGCGUCCAGCUGACACACCCAGAUCCACUGGCAAGCAUGUCCUCCAGGCAAACGGAUUAUCCGAAGCCAAGCCACCUGUGGACCAUACAAAGUCUCAAUCCGCGAAGUCGCAGUCUGCCAGUGGGGUCAGCCCAGGGAAAGCAAAUGAUGCGACAAGGAGUAGCAAGAAGUAG